UUUUAGUGCUUUAGUGUUAAAUUGUAGCAGCGAUAAAGUUGAUGAGCCUUAUUCGGUAGAAUAUGAUAUUAUAUCUGCGAUUGUUCGCAUUUUGAAGCAACUAGGUAAUGCUGGAGACUGCAUGCGAAAAAUUAUCCGCCAUGAGUGAUCAGGAUGAUCCUUUAGCUCAAACUCAAGCCACUCCUCGUAGCUCGCUUGGUUCUGGAGUGUUGUCAUACAGUAAUUCAUCCAUAUCGCCUUCCACUAGCUCCAGUAGCUCACAAGGAUCUGCGAAAUCGGCCGUCAGUGAAUGUCUUGGAGCAUGGUUAAAUUAUUUGCAAAUUAUGAACAACUUUUGUGCCGCCGGAUAUCGAUUGGCACAAACAAUAGCUGCUCUAGAGCCAUGGGCUACUCUUGAUCAAUCAACACAAACCGGUGGCAGUGGAGUACAACAGCAGCAAACACAGUCACAGCAGCAACAACCUUUUGUAACACCACAAAUACCAUCGCAUAUGGCUUUUCAAUUUAUUACGGCUUGGGAUGAUUUAGCACGCGCAUCAGUAGUAGCUACGAGUACAGUAAAAUCUCAUAUUGUGAGCGUUUUACAAGAUUUUAAAACUCAACCGCUUAGCUCGGUGGACCAAGAAAAUGAUUUACAACAUAUUCGAGAGUAUAAUCAACUUAUUUUGCAAGACAAUGCUCAAACAAUGAUUAAUCUCCAGCAUCAGUUCUGUGUCGCUUCGUGCGACUCAUUUGCACAACUCAUGUGUUGCUAUCAAUGUCAAACUCAGGUUGGUUUUCCGCACGAUCCUGAAUGUCCUAUGAUACAGCAUCCCAUGUCAGCAGCAGCUGCUAUAGCCCGAAGUGACCAGCGAUCUCAAACGCCUUCGCCACAUUUUGGUAUGAAAAUACAAGAAACUCGCUUAUAUGAUCGUGGAUCAAUCUCAACUCAAGGCUCGUCGGAUCAUGGAACAACAGCUUAUGAACAAACGCGUGGACCAUCGCCUCAUGAUAUUCGAGGACCAAGUCCCAUACAGGGCUAUCUGGAUAACAUUCGUGGUCCACUGCCGAAUCCUGGACACCUUUCCGGAAUGAAAGCUCCAUUCUACCGUGGAUCUCGAAGUCCGCUUAAUUUUCCACUAUUCACGCUGAACGGUCAACGGCGCUGGUCUGAAGCUGCAGCCGGGGAGGUGAAUUCUGAAUCGACGCUGGACGCCGAAAGUCAGAUGCGUAGGUGGUCUAUGCCAUGGGAAGCUAAAGCAGACAAAACGACAGUUCACUGGAAUCAAACUAGAAUUAUGCCCAUAUCCAAGCUAGCCGUUCCACAGCAGCAAUCGAGCGGGGCCAAGUCAUCCACCGGCGAACGCAGUCAAAGCACAACUCCGGAUUCAACCUGGCACUCGUCGGUAACUAGUCAAGACGGUUUGGUCGAAGCCAUUCAAUUGCUCUCUUGCCGGCCGGUUUAUCGGCUUCCACCGAUGCCGCCACCAAGCAUCGGACCACCCUUUGCAGAGGAGCCCACCGGAGCGAAUUUCCAACAACAGCAGCAGCAACAACAACAACAACAACAACAACCACAGUCAACUCAGCAUCAAUCAUCAUUUAGCAACAACAGCAUAGGACUAUACGGCAUAUGGACCCAACAGAAUCCGCCAAGUAAUCUACUUCGUCAAUCAGCAACACAGGAGCGUGGAGGUGGCGGCGUGCCACCCUUCAUGCAGUACAUCCGGGAGCAAGAGGGUUCUCUCGAUGAGAACCCACCGCCUUAGAUGCGCGAUAUCUGAACAAUUGUAACGGUUCAAUCUCGAUGAUAUUAGUAAUCUCAAUGUAGUUCUACGCUAUAUGAUCGCCAAACCAUCACACUGCAAUUAUUUUAAUGGUGCGUUUACUCGUAUAAUCCAGUGUCAUGAGAAUUUUUAAUUUUGUUGAUUAGAUGUUUUGAACUGACUGUUGUAGGAUGUUGUUAAGUGUUUUAGAGAGGGAUACUGCACAAAUUACUGUUUUCCGAUUUAUUUAGUCAUUUAGUCAAAAAUUAGGUUCUCUAUAGUUUUUAAAUGUAUAACAGGGCAUGUGGCAUGACAAUUUCGAUAUCAAUUUUAUAGAUCUGCAAGAAACAGUUUUAUACAUAUUCGUUUUUAGAUAUAAAUUAUUCUUAUUGCAGAAUUGGUGGGUGUUAAGUCAAACCGGAUCGAUUCAGCAAGCGAUCAAGAAUUCUAUAAGCUGCAUUUUACUAAUAAUAAAUAAAUUUUACUGCAUUUUACUCUAAUCAGAUAAAGUAAAGCAUAAAAUAUGAUAUGAAAUGAUUUACUACAAACUACAAAAAAAACUACAAACAACACAGAGCAAGAAACUUUUAAUUCGUUUUUCUUGAAAUCAGAAUUUUGUCGUUCGGUUCCGUCUGACUUAACGUCGACCAAUUCAAAAUAUCUAAACGCAAAUUAUAAUUUUUCUAUGGAAGUAACUACAAAAAUCUCUUCGAAUACCCCUUUCGGGGAAAAAAUUAUAUCUUAUAACCAAAUUAACUAGUUUUUAACAGUUACGUAUUUCGAUCCCCCACAUAAAUGUUCUGAUGUCUACGUGGACUGCGAAAAAAAGAAACACGCAGGUUAAUACAGGCGUUCUGUAACACGCCAAGAUUUUGGAACAAACUUAUAUUUUUGAACACGCUUUAAUUGUAUGCCGUUCGUAUCCGUGACUUUAAGGCUAGGAGUAUCGAUUUUUACCGCAACCAUUACUAGUCGUUUGUGACCAAAAUGCAAAAAUGAUCUUUUCUGUUUUGGAUGAAUAUCAAAUACAAUAUUGUUGAAAGAGAAGUCAAAAACAACAGUCGGGGGACGCUUCCGUUAAAACUUUGAUAUUACCCUGUUAUGCUAUAUUAGUUCGCAUUCCCUUGGCGUACAGUCCACCGAUUAAAUAUUGUAUAGGUAGUCGCCCAACACAAAAUCUCACAAAAUAUCUGGAUUAGUCGAAAUAGCAUUAAGGAAUUUCGGCAGUUUUUGAAAUGUUACAUUUUUAUGGUAUCUAUGUACUUGCAAAAUGCUAAUAAAAUUUUCCAAAC